GCUUGAACACAUUCUCUAUAAUUAACAAACAGGAAGAAGAAGAAGAAGAAGCAAUGGUUGAAAUUCCACCGGGGUAUCGAUUCUACCCAACUGAGGAAGAGCUGGUUUCGUUCUAUCUGCACAACAAGCUUGAAGGAAACAGACCCGACUUGAACCGUGCCAUUCCCGUUGUCAACAUUUACGAGCACGAGCCGUGGCACCUUCCAAAGGUUUCAGGAGAGCUGUGCCGUGGAGAUACAGAGCAGUGGUUUUUCUUCACUCCAAGGCAAGAGAGGGAAGCCAGGGGAGGGAGGCCGAACCGAACCACGGCAACCGGUUACUGGAAGGCCACCGGUUCUCCCAGUUAUGUAUACUCUUCGGAUAACAGAGAGAUUGGAGUGAAGAAGACAAUGGUGUUUUACAAAGGCAAAUCUCCAACUGGUAAAAAAACCAAAUGGAAGAUGCAUGAGUACAGAGCCAUUGAAGCAGAAGCUCCCUCCCCAUUUGGUUCUGCUGUCCCAAAGAAGUUAAGGCAUGAGAUCAGUUUGUGCCGAGUGUAUGUAGUAUCAGGAAGCUUUCGAGCAUUCGAUCGACGCCCGUUAGGGGCAGAGACAAGCCAAACAACAAGCCAACAGGUUCAUGGAAAUGGAGCUAUGACAUUGGCACCUUCCCAAGCCACUAAAACA